UUUCUUCUAAGAGUUGAUCUUGGAUUCAGAAUUCAUUCUUGUGCCUGAUAUGGUAAAAAUCAACAGGUUCAGUGGACAGUUCUUUCUGAGGACUGUCUAAGGUGGAAGAAUCUGAAGCAGAACCUUCCAGAAAACAUUGUUCUUGGUGCAAUGCAAACUCUAUGCAAACUCCUCUUGGAGAUACGUUAGAUCACCAUUAUUAGAUCUUCAUUAUACUCCUUGCCUCAUCAGCAUGCCAGGCCCUCUCCAGACUAUAAACCACUCAGAUCCAGGAAAGCUUGCUGUUGGCCAAAGCAAAGUGCCCCAGAAGGCUAAACCAACGGAACCCAGGUGUCUAUCAGCUCACACAGCUCAGAAAAAUACCCCAGCGGAUGGUUUUGAUCCACCUCUUGCAGUAGUUCCAACCAGGAACGCAGUUAUAUUCCCUAAAAAGUCAGCUUGCAUAGUUCGCCCUCACCUUACUGGAUUGUUGGUAAAAAACAAGAAUCUUUCAGCUGAGCUAAGAAAUCUUCAAAACAAACUUUCAAUAAAAGAAUAUUCUCUGCAAGAGAUGAAAAGUGAGCUACAAAAUUACAAAGAAAAUAAUGUACAACAGUCAUUCCAGAUAAUGUCCCUGAAAGAAGAUAUCAAAGACCUAGAGAAACUUAUUGCUUCUCUAACCAGACUUAAAUCUUUGAAAAAUACCAAUAUUCAGAGUCUUGAAAGAGGAAACUGGGAUCUAACUGAAAGAAUUACAGAACUAGAAAAGCAUUUAAGAAUACAUCUGGUUGAAAGAGAAAAGGCAGAGCGAAAAGCAGACCUUUUGGAGAAAAAAUUAGCAAGUGGUAACAGAUCCACCCCCUACAUGAAGAUCAGAGAACAAGACUAUUCAUUGGAUAGUUUCAUGAUGAAGGGAAGUGAAAAUUUGGAGCAGGAAAUUCAGAUGCUCACAAAACGACUAGACAAGCUACAUCACCACUAUGAGGAAAGCACUCAAGAAUUAUCCCAAUCUGAAGAAAAACAUAGAGAAGAAAAAAGACCCUUGAAACACUUGGAAGAGAAAUUUGUUAUUAAUGAUCUUUCUCAAGAGCAAUUGGACUUGAACAGGAAUAAAGAAAGCUCCAGAACAAAGAAUACCCAGAUAGAUGAGCGAAGCAAGAUGUUUAAACAGCUAGAGAAGGACAGCAAGCAACAUAUGCUAUUGAAUAUUCAGCAUAAUUUGCAGACUGCUACAACUCGAAGAUUAGAAGAGAAAGUUCAGAAACUACAGAAACAGCUCAGUGAUUUGAAAUUGUCCAAUAAAAAUAUGAAAACUCAACUGACAAGAGUAAAUGUCCUUAAAGACAAAACAAUUGAAAAACUCAGGAAAUCUUUAACAAAUAUUGAAACAAUUAAAGGGGAAACAAUUAUGAAAACAGACAAUUUGAAAACUACGUAUGACUCUACUGAACAACAGGCAAGAAUGGAAGAAGAGCGAGAUCAUCAGACCUUAGAUGUCAUUUCUGAGGUCUGCACAGCAAAGACCACAGUUGAAGAAGUGUCAGGACAAGAAGAGCUUGCCAACUUUCAAGAAACUAUUCUGAAAAUGUUGGGAUUUAACACAAAAACAUCACACAAGGAAAUCAUUAAUCACCUAAGGCUUAUUAUACAAGUUUAUGAAGAUUCUAACAAGUCAAAGACUGGUCAGGCUGGACAGGAUAAUGAAUAAAAAAUUCAACAUCUUCCAUGCUGUCAGCAAGAACAUUAACAGAUAUGGGACAUUUCCUGUAGCAUCUUGAUUAUGGUUACAUUAUGAAUAAAAUACAUUGAAAAAUGU